AUGCUUUUGAUGAUCUCAGAGGACAGCCAAGAAGAGGCCCUGAUGUUCGCUAAGGCGGCGAAAUCAGUCUUGGAAACACACCACGACCUGCGAUGUUCUACCAUAUUUUUCUCAGAAGCGUCCGGUGCUCUGAAAUCUUUCCUGGACGGUUUUGUGAGUUUACGCGUGCCUUACGGGAUGAGUGUGUUCGAGGUGGAGAUGGAGGGCCAGGAUAUUAAUAAGACACAUGCACAUCUCACCAAAGCGAUGACUGGAGCCCGCCAGAUCAGGAGGAAGUACUGGUGCAUCACGAUGGUUGUGCUGAGCGACGACGUAGCCUUCCUCGCCGCCUUGGCCGAGAGGUCCCUGGUUAUGACAUCGUCUAGGUUAAUUGCUCUCACUCGUCUUCCAGCACAAACUUUCCUGGAGAACGAAAAGUUACGCACGACUUUCUCCACUAUGAAUGCAGUUAUUGGAAUUUUUUACGAGAAGAGCAAAAGAUUCACCAUGUACUACCUAGAACCGUACAGCAACACCGAGGACGAGGUGACCCGCGCCGCACACUGGUCACUGAAGGAAGGCCUAGUCCAAGCCUCACGUCUCCCUCUUUUCUACGAUAAAUUCAUCAGAUUCAAGCGACGGCCCACUCUGAAAAUUGCCACCGAGGCUUUCCACUCCCGCCAAACACAAAAGGACGGAAGGAACACUGACCACACGGCCGACUACUUUGCGCAGGGGAUUAAUUUCAAUUAUCGUUAUGAGCACAUCCCCGACGGAACUUUUGGCUCCAAGCAAGACGACGGCUCCUGGUCAGGCAUGAUCGGAGCUGUGCUGAGGAAGGAGGCUGAUUUCGCCAACGGACCGUUCAGCCUGUCACCGAGCCGCGUCGAGAUUGUGGACUUCACCUCCCCGAUCAGCAUCCAAUACUCCGUCAUCCUGGGGGGCCGCGGGCUCCCUCAGGUGGACCCUUGGGCAUUUCUGUUCCCCUUAGGUCCUUUCGUAUGUGCGGCAAUCCUUGCGGCCCUUGUGGUGGUUCCUUUGAUCAUGGUGUUGUUGUUUACGUGCGCCUCCUUCUCUUUCCCUAACCCUGCUCGGUUCACGUGGCCUGCCAACUUGUUUGAAAUGAUCCGAGUGUUACUGUUACAAGGUGAGUGUCUCCUGACAGAUAACAAAAUUCCUGGUGGGGCGUGGUGGUGGCGGAGGCUGGCGAUGGGCGGCUGGAUGCUAACGGCUCUUGUGCUGAUCAAAAGUUAUGCUGGAAACCUCAUGUCGGUGCUGACGGUGAGGUACGUGCAGCAGCCGUACCAGAGCCUCAGUGACGUGGUGCGCGAUCCUUCCGUUUCCAUGAUCUGGCAAACCAACACAAGCAACGUGCAAUUCAUAAGGUCUGCGGAAACUGGGAUCUACCGCGAGCUGGCUGAAGCUGAAAAAAAUGGACGCACAAAAUUUCAGCCAAUUAUGAACUUUUUCUGGAGCCUCGACAAGCUGGUGAGGCGGAGGGACCAUGUGCUCAUAGACGUGGAAAUUAUGAUUAUGUUGAUGAUUGGUCACGACUUCACUUUCACUGGUCGAUGUGACUUUUACAAAUCGAAGGAAAAGUUCUUACCAGUGAUGCUGUCAGUGAUCGGACAGAAAAACAGUCCCUUGGUUCCGUCAUUGAGCAGAAGAAUAUAUUCUAUAACGGAGGCUGGACUGUACUACCAUUGGGUCAAGACGAUGGUGCCGAACUACACCUCCUGCGCCAGCUCGCCCACGAAGAUCACCGUCAGCACCACACUCUCCGUCGACAACCUCUGGGGCAUGUUUGUGGUGCUUGUGGGCGGCUACGUGGUGGGCCUCCUGGUCCUCCUGGCUGAAGUAGUCGCUGGCUGCUUCUUCCUGAGCGCCGCAGCCUGAGCCUUGUAGCGUGAGCCUCGCAGCCUUGCCGUCCAGAUGAUUUUAUAUAUGAUAACUUCAGCAGUAAUGCGCUGACGCUAACAAUAAUUAUUCACG